AUGACUGAUGGAACAGCUAAUAUCACAGACCAAGGCAUCCAACUUACCCCGGAGGAGGGCAGCAGCGUGCAGACAGUUGGCCGAGCCAUUUAUCACGAACUUCUGCACCUCAGGGACAGUGCUGGAAACCUGGCUGACUUCAACAGCAAUUUCUCCUUUGUCAUUGAUUCAGCAGGAAGACAAGAUCACGGCGAUGGGUUUGCUUUCUUCCUUCUCCCCAGUGCUUCUGAUUACAGUAAAAUCCUCAGCACAAAAGGUGGUGCUCUUGGUCUUCCAAUCGACCCUGGCACAAUUAAUGCAAUUACUCCAUUCGUUGCUGUGGAGUUUGACACUUAUAAGAAUGAUUGGGACCCGUACACCCAGUCCGACAUUCAUGUAGGUAUCAACGUUAACUCUUUGCAAUCUGUUGACACUUCAAUAUGGUAUGGAAAUAUUACUCAAGGGGGAGAAAAUGAAGCUUGGAUUAGUUAUAAUUCUAACUUGAAAACUUUGAGCGUUGGCUUCACUAGUAUUGUAAAUAAUGCAAGAGUCCGACAAGAUAACCUUGGUUACAUUGUUGAUUUGGGGGGUGCCGGCUUGCCGGAAUCGGUUGCUUUUGGGUUCUCAGCCUCAACCGGAGGGCUUUUCGAGAAACAUACCAUUAAAUCGUGGAGUUUCAGUUCAACAGAGCCAGCACCGGUGACACCGAGCCCUAGUCCAGGCCCCAAGCCCAAAGGAAGGAAGCAAAACAAAACAGCAUUAGUGGUGGGACUAGGUGUUGGCUCAUGUGUUUUGGUUGGUGGAUUGGGUUUGAUUGCCAUUUGCUGGUGGAAGAGGAGUAGAGGAAAAGAAGAAGAUGUCUUUGAUCCAUCCAUGGAGGAUGAAUUCGAGAAGGGUAUUGGACCAAAGAAGUUUUCCUAUCGUGAGUUGGCUCAUUUUACCAAUAACUUUUCUGAGGAAGAGAAGCUUGGAGAGGGAGGGUUUGGUGGGGUUUAUAGAGGUUUUUCGAGCGAAUUGGCCUCUUACGUUGCUGUGAAGAGGGUGUCAAGGGGUUCCAAGCAAGGGCUAAAGGAGUAUGCAUCAGAAAUUAAGAUCAUUGGUAAAUUAAGGCAUAAGAACUUGGUGCAACUCGUUGGUUGGUGCCAUGAAAAAAAUGAGAUGUUACUUGUUUACGAGUUAAUGCCAAAUGGGAGCUUAGAUACUCAUCUUUUCAAAGGAAAAAGCUUAUUGACAUGGGCGAUGAGGUACAAAAUUGUCCAAGGCUUGGCCUCAGCUUUGCUUUAUCUGCAAGAAGAGUGGGAACAAUGUGUGCUCCAUAGGGAUAUCAAAUCAAGCAACAUUAUGUUGGAUUCAAAUUUCAAUACCAAACUUGGAGACUUCGGGCUAGCUAGGCUUGUUGACCAUGAAAAAGGAUUGGAAACAACAAUGUUGGCGGGGACAUUGGGCUACAUGGCUCCCGAAUGCUUCAUUACAAGCAAGGCUAGUAAGGAAUCAGACAUCUACAGCUUUGGAAUUGUUGUAUUGGAAAUAGCAUGUGGAAGAAAACCCAUUGAUCACAGGGUUCCAGAAUCUCAAUCAAGACUGGUGGAAUGGGUUUGGGACCUCUAUGGAACCGGAAAGCUUCUUGAAGUAGCAGACCCCAAAUUAAGUGCAGAUUUCGAUGAGCAAGAGAUGACGAGUUUGCUGAUUGUUGGGCUAUGGUGUGCUCAUCCUGAUUACACUCUCAGACCGUCAAUAAGACAGGUAAUCCAGGUGCUUCAUUAUGAAGCUCCGCUUCCCGUCCUUCCUUCAAAGAUGCCUGUGCCAACUUAUUUGGCUCCUAUUCCAGUGAUGACACCUACAUCUUUACUUUCAUUAUCCGGUAAUGCCAAUGUCUCAGAGAGUAGCCAAAUCCAUUAUUCGAGCCAGAGUUACAACACCAAUUCCACAAAUCACACCGGAGCUUCUGCAUCUUCCUCUCCAUCCACAUCACUUCUGCAUACAAGGAAACGGGAAUGAAGUGACGAAUGACAUUCCACCACAGGUCUAGCAUGGAUUAGAUGAUCAUUUUGUUAUUUUUGUAUCUAAGUCCCACUAUUUUUGUAAAACUAGUAUAUUGUAUUCUGUACUGAGACUUAUGGACUCUUGCUAUUGUAGUUAUAUUCAUGGGCUGUAAUUUUAUUAUAAGUUGUCUAAACGUUGUAAGACAUGGACGUUUGAUCUUAAUUAUAUUUUUGGGAUUGUAAUUAUGAUAUUUGGAUUAAAUAACAUGUAGUUG